AUGUCGAUGAUACCCGAAGGCGACGAGUUUUGCAUAACUUCGGCGAAGGAGAAGAAGGGAAAUAAUCAAGAAGAAGAACGACGAGAUGGUGAUGAUGAUGAUGAUGUCGUCGUUCGAGCGGUUGGAUUCUCGUCGUCGAUGAAACAUUGGGCGAGUUGGACGAAAGGCGAGGAUUUGGAAGUUCGAGACGAGGAAGACGAUAAAAGUCGUUCUCCUCCACUCGAACUUCUUUUCUCGGGAUGGAACCAAUUCGGGCAACUCGGCGAUGGGAGUUGUCAAUCGAGAGCGCCUGAUGAUUUUCAACCGGUGCCUCUGUUCUCGCGGAUGAACAUUCGAGUGCGGAAAGUUGCGUGCGGUUUGUUUCAUUCCGUCGCGUUGUGCGAAGGCGGCUCCGCCUACGGUUUCGGACAAAACCCGCAAAUAGGCGCGCCGAAAGAUGUCAAAUACUCCACGAUACCACGCCUCAUCGAAGGCGGCGAUUUAAACGACGAAGACGAGAUUGAAUUCAUCAGCUGCGGAUCUCGCCACACGCUCGUCGCGACGAAACGAAAAGUUUUCUCCUUCGGCUCCAACGCGAAGCGCCAGUGCGGCUUUUUACGAGACGACGAUACUACCGACGACAAUACCGAAAACGACGACGACGAAGAAGAAGAAAAAGAUAACGUCUACCUCCCUCGCUUAACGCUCUCAAUAGUGCGAGGGUCCUCUUCUCGCAUACAUCGCGUUCGGUGCGAACGAUGGAGUUCUUUCGUCCUACUCUCGUCGUAA